UAACAUUUUGACACUUCGCCCAUUGGUAUCGAAAAGUACGUGCCGUGUCAUCGAAUCGUAAUUACACGUCGUAUUUUUGGUACAAUUUACCUAUAACUGAGUUGUGUAGCGUUGGCAUAUUUUAUUAAUUACAAUCGUAAUAAUAUCGCUUGAAUCAUGUCGUCCACUGAAGAAAGUUCUCAACUUAAGGCUGGCCAUCCCCCGGCAGUGAAAGCUGGAGGUAUGAGAAUUACCCAGCACAAGAGCCCUCAUACCAAAGACAGCAGCAAGGAGCCAGCCAAUGAGGACCUGACCGGUCUGUCUGGACCUUCACCUGUGCCUUCGAACCCAGUCUCCAUCUCUGGAGCACCGAAUAGAGGUAAUGCGGACUUCACCCCGGAGGCCGCACAAGUGGCUCAUAGUCCUAAGCCACCAGUACAUGUCAAUUUUAAACCACAAACAAAUAUUCAGCAACCCCGAAAAUAGAUCAUAUCGUUAAAAGUAUUAAGGUUAGAUAGACCCGCAGCUAACGGAGAUAUUCAAGGAUUAUAUAACGCAAUAAUAAUAUCAAUCACUACUUAAUCAGAUUAUUUAAUGACUGUUGUAGAUUUAAAGGAUUAGUACCGUAAUUAAAUAUGGACAAUAUUAAAUACAUGUUGUUAAAAAAAUAGAUAAAAUAAAUUUGUUAAACGUUAGAGAUGUUUACUAUGAAAAUGUUCUGUCUCAUUUAAUGUGAUUUCAUAUCAACAAAUGAAUGUUAUGCAAUAAGAAUAUUUCUGUUUGUUUAUCUAUCUGCCUUGAUAACUUUAUCAAACUGUUUACGUUAGGUAUUGAACAAGUUUUUCGGUGUAGAUGCAGACACUACUACGGUGAUGAUAAAUAUAUUGUCACCUUGAUAAAUUAUAAUGACAAUAAUAUUGCACACAAAAAUAUUUCAAUCUUGUUUGACAUCAGACUUUCUCUAUUUGAAAAACAUAGGUCUAUUUCAUCACAGUGAGACAACUGUUCAAACAACAAUAUUCUGUUUCAAAUUAUUUCUAUUCAUUUUGUUCAAAUACCUAAUGUAAACACAACUAAACACAUGGUUCUAACUUUGUACCAUUCUGACAUUAAAUUAAAAAGUAUUGCCAGCAUAAAAUAUCAUAUCAUUGAAUGUUGCCAAGUUAUAACCAUGUAAACCUUAGGGAUUGGAUUGAAAAAAUAUUUUGUAUUAAACAAACAUGUUAUUGAUGAGAAAAAGUCUUGUAUUUUAUACCAAUCUAAUCGCUAAGGAAUAAAUAACUGGACUUCUAAGAUUAAAAUCAUUAUAGCUAAUAAAUGCGUAUUAUAAAAUAGUUUUAAUGCAUUUAUUGACUGACUGGUUUUCUGUCUAGAAAUUAUUUACACUGAAAACAAUACAAUUUAAAAUAAAUUUUACAAGUAAUACAACUUUAUUGACAUUUCAUUUGAUUGCGAAAUAUUUCUUGAUCAUGACACAUUUUGAUGAAACAAAUUAUGUUUGGAAAUAAAUCACUUAGUGGCCACAAAUCGACCCACAAAAUAUAAUAAAACCAUUGGCAGAAUAGGCUACUAAAUAGCGGGGACUCAGUUGCAUCCACCAAAAAAAUAUCCUAUAUAUAACUAUGUAAUAUUGAUUUGUCUGUCUGUCUAUUAAUUUAACAUCACCUUUAAAUCUUCAUAAAUUUAAAAUAAAAACUAAUAUACUAUUUCAUUGAAUGGUACCAAUUUUCUUCUGUUAAUUUUCAAACAUAGUUUGUGGUUUCAUAUCAAUUAAUGUUAAUUAUUGUUGUAUAAAAAAAAUAUUCCUCAGCCCUUGACUGUUUUAAAAGCGUGUUAUUGUACUUAGAUAUGUGGUUGGUGUUCAUACAAGAAAUUAUAUGCGGGCAAAAUAUAAUAUAAUACAAUUUGUUACUUUGUACUUGUUGCUAAUGUAUAAAAAACAUGGUUUAACAAAAUUAGCUAAAAAUUAUUGGCUUUUUAAUUUCCACAUUCCCAGUAGUCCCUGCUUAAAAAACAGUGAUUUAAAUAUAAAAGUCUUACCUAUUUUAAAUAAGUGUGAACACCAACCAUUCAAUAGAAAUUAGAAUAUAAAAAAGUGUAUAAUGUGCGGUAUAAUAAUUAUAAAUAUAUAGUUAUACAUAAAUGUAGUUAGUACAGUAUAAAGAUAACCAGUGUUGAAAUAAAAUAAAAUAUUUAAAUAAAAUAAUAUGAUCCAUUACAGUUUUGCACAAAUAUGUUUCAAAGCUUUUCUCUAAGACUGCUUGUUUCUUUUGCUUUUUACGAUAUAUUUUUUAAAAUUUUAUAUUUUGCUCGCUAAAAGUUUUUUAAAUUAUUUAUUAAGUUGAUUUUAAUGCCCUGAGAUGUUACAGGGAAUUGAAUAAUUACGGAAUUUAUUUUUGGUUGUUGAAAUUUUAAAAUAUUUUGAUUGAUUUUGUUUUAUGAGAAAUUUUUACUGAAGCAAUAAUGGAAAUGGUUAUUUAUAGUUUUAAGUUAGAUUUUUAUAUGCCUAGAUUGAGUCUAAGACUUUGAAAGAUAAGCAUUACGUAUAGCUUUCAUUAUACUAAAUUAUAUAGUUUUUAACCAAACCACAUCUGUAACCAGUGGUCGGUUCAGUAGCUAAACCAAUGGUUUCUGUCUCUGUACUCAUCAAUUUUUGUUUUCUUACCUGCAUAAGUACUAGAGAGUCUGAUAGCACUUCAGUUUUCUAAGAGCAAUAGUUUUAGCUGUGCGUUGUCUUUUAGUCAGUCCCUCAGACAUGAGUAGCAAGAUUUAUACAAAUUAUUUUGCGUACCUGACAGCUCUAUCUAGGCAUAUAAAUAAAUCUAUCUAGAUAUUUAUUAGUGUUACAGUACAGUUUUGAUAAUAUUUGGUGCUAAGCCACUAAAUUACAUUAAAAUAUAAAUUAUAGCAUUUUGUUCACAUUCCUAAUAUUACCUACCUAAGUUUACAAUUAUUGCAAUGCAGAUAAAAAUACAAAAAAAAGUUUUAAUUAUAUUUUUUCCUAUUCUUGUUUAGUAAUUGGUCUUACUUAUGUUUGUUUGGCCAAGUUUAAGUUCAAGUAACGAUUUCUUUUAUAUUUUUAUUAUUAGUUUUAAAAUAAAUUGGUUUAAAAGCCA